CAUGCGCUUUUCGUGCACACGCUCAUCACAUUCGACCUCUUUCACGAUUCAAGCAUCGCUCUACACCUCACCGGCUCGGCUUGGCUGACAUGUCCAAGUGUGAUGGGAACGGCCCGGAGUUCGACGCCGCCUCGAUCUCGUUUAUGCACGCUUUUGCAAGGGUCGAGCAGUAAGCCGCUCCUUUCGGACGACCCCUUCGCCCUGCGCAUUAUCCAGUGAAACCAAAAAAAGGGUGGCUGUGACUCGUUCACGCUAUUCAAUCUCGAGCUCAAAGGGUCACCUUGAGACUUUUGCGCGUGCGCGUCUAGCUCUAGUCGUGGUCCAGCUGGUGCAAAAGCAUGCAUGUCCAUCUCUCCUCCACCUCUUCAGCCCUCCCUUUCGCAGCACCUUCAACUUUGGACGCAAGAAAGACGCAAGCGGGUGCCAGCAACAUGUCGAGCCACAGCUGCGAUGCCGAUUCGCAGAGGGAGAGGCAAGAGGUGGAGAUUGGGAUCAUUGGAAUGGGGGAUAUGGGCCGAUUGUAUGCCGAGAGGUUCAGCAGCGCUGGUUGGAAACACGUCAAUGUAUGCGAUCGAUCAGAAAAUUACGAGAAGCUCAAAGACGACUAUCGAGACUCUGCGAUCCGAGUGUACAGGAACGGACAUUUGGUAUCUCGCAGGUCAGAUCUGAUCAUAUAUUCCGUCGAGGCUGCAUACAUCGACCAAGUGGUGGCUCAGUAUGGUCCAUCUGCAAAGCAGGGCAGCAUCAUCUCGGGUCAGACCUCGGUCAAGGCUCCCGAAAGGGACGCUUUCGAAAGACAUUUGCCGGACGAUGUGUACAUUAUCUCUUGUCAUUCUAUGCAUGGUCCCAAAGUCGAUCCGACAGACCAGCCAUUGAUUUUGAUACAGCAUCGAGCGCCGGAUGAAAAGAUGCGAUUGGUGGAGAGAAUCAUGAGCUGCUUCAGAUCUAGAUUUGUCUAUCUGAGCUACGAAGAUCAUGAUAUCGUCACUGCCAACACGCAAGCUGCUACCCAUGCCGCUUUCCUUUCGAUGGGUACGGCAUGGAGAGCUUCAGCGUCCUAUCCUUGGGAGACGGGGCUGUACCCGGGCGGAAUAGAGACGGUAAAGAUCAACAUUUGUCUACGAAUCUACGCUGCAAAGUGGCACGUGUACGCUGGUCUAGCUUUGCUGAAUCCAUCUGCGCGCACACAAGUGGGCCAGUAUGCCGACAGCUGCACGGAGCUCUUCAAGCUCAUGGUGGCUGAAAAGGAGGCAGAGUUGAGGGAAAGGGUGAUGAGAGCUAGGAGGGGCGUUUUUGGAUGGAGAGAUGAAGAGGAGGGGGAAGGAGCCAGGACGACUGGAGCUAGAGCUUAUGCGGAUGCGAGAGGCGCAAAGGAUGAGAAAUCGUCGGAGAGGGAACGCAAACCGAUCUUGAUGUCUGACAAGAUGCUGGAUCGAUUUCAUCUGGUUGCGAGAAAAGCCUUGGGCGAGGGGUCUGCUUCGUCGGCGGAUCCACAUGGAGAAGGGACCCAAGGCGAGCGUCCUGGACAAGAUUCUGAGCGGAAACCUUUCGAAAGCAGUGAGGCAUCCCCAUUCUUGCCAUCAUUACCCUCGCCAUCGUCAUCGUCACCGCCGCCCAACUCUCACUUGGCACUGCUUGCCAUUGUGGACAGCUGGCACGUCUUGAAGCUGAACCCGUACGCCGAUCUGGAUCUAGCCGCCACGCCCAUCUUUCGCCUAUGGAUAGGCGUGUGCGAAUACCUUUUCCGAUCGCCCGCUCGUAUCAACAGCGCCAUCUCUGCCGCCAUACACGACCACACGUUUAGAGCGGACGAUACGGAAUUCGUCGUUGCUGCGCGCGGAUGGGCUCAGGCGGUCAGGUUUGGCAAUUUCGACCUGUUUAGAUGGAGAUUUGAAGAGACUAGGGAAUUCUUUGCUCCUAGAUUUGAAGAGGCGAAUACGAUUGGCGCGGAAAUGUUGAAGGCGGUUGCUAGCAAGGAGUAGGAAGUGCAGAGUACCUCUUUUGUCUUUCGGAGAAGGGCGCGUUCGACGUUGGGUGGGAAGGGAGGCAACGGGAACAUGGGUUGCGGGUACGCUUCGUACGCUAUCCACCACAUUUCGGACAAUUUUGAAUGCAAAUGCGAUGCACAACGUCGAGCUCUGCCCGUCACUUCAACUGUGGGC